UCUCCUUAAAGUCAUUCCCCCCUCCAUCUCCCAUAAAAAUCACUCGCCAGCAGCCACACAAACACAAACCAAAACCAAAACCCAUCGAAUCAAGCAGUAGGAAAGCCAACACUUUGAUACGAGCCAAGAAGCUUCACCACAGCUCGAUCGAUCGAUCGCCGUGGCAAUGGCGCGGCGUGCUCAGCAGCUGUCUGCAGGCUGCUGCUUCCUGGUGGCGCUUGCGCUGGCGUGCGGCGUGGCCUCUGUGGCGUCACAGGGACAGCCUAGGAAGUCCGUGCCGGCGAAUGGUCCGCCCAGGACGAUCCCGCCCAAGGCCAAGUUCGAGACCAUCAGCUUCGACAAAUUCAGCAGCAAGCGCCAGUACACGAUCAGCUGCGCUCCUUCGCCCUGCAUCGUGUCCUGCCCGUCCCGCUGCCCCAACAAGUGCCUCGCCUCCUGCAGCUACUGCAUGUCAUUCUGCAUGUGUGAUAUCUGGCCGGGCACUUCGUGCGGUGACCCUCGCUUCACCGGCGGAGACGGCAACACCUUCUACUUCCACGGCAAGAAGGACCAGGACUUCUGCAUCGUCUCCGACAGGGACCUCCACAUCAACGCCCACUUCAUCGGCAACCACAACCCGGCCAUGAAGCGGAGCUUCACAUGGGUGCAGGCCAUCGGCGUCAGCUUCGGCGACCACCACCUCUACAUCGGCGCCCGCAAGGCCGUCGAAUGGGACGAGGAAGAGGACCACAUCGAGAUCACCUUGGACGGCGAGGCCAUCGACGUGGAGACCGCCAAGAACGCGCAGUGGGUGUCCAGGGCGCUGCCCGGCCUGUCCGUCACGCGCACCGACACCGUCAACACGGUCAACGUGGAGCUCGACGGCGUGUUCAGCAUAUCCGCCAACGCCGUGCCGAUCACCGACGAGGACUCCAGGAUCCACAACUACGGCAAGACCGGAAACGACAGCCUCGUGCACCUUGACCUCGGCUUCAGGUUCCACUCCCUCACAGAGGACGUGGACGGCGUGCUCGGCCAGACCUACCGCCCGGACUUCGUCAGCAAGGUCGACAUCACUGCCAACAUGCCCAUCAUGGGCGGCGCGCCAAAGUACCUCUCGUCGAGCCUCUUCUCGACGGACUGCGCCGUCUCCAGGUUCCGCCGCAACAAUGCAGCAAGAGCAUCCAUCUACGCUUCCCUGGAAUAAGUACAUACACAGACGUACGCGUGCAUGCUGCUCGUGCAAGAAGAAAUAAGUUUGGAAAACAUAGAUGGUGCUUAAAAUCUUACUGCUGCUGCUAUAGUAAGUAAGAAGCUCUUUCAAUUAAAUUUUCUGAUUUGGAAUGUUUGAUUUAUUUUUGAGACAAUGCGGUAUAUAUAACUUGGAUUAAUUGAACAUAAUAAGCUGUCAAACUUUGUUAA